CAAGCUUUGCAGCCACCAAUCGUACACCAUCGAAGCGAGAGUUUACCGUACGCAUAUGAAUAUCCAAACGUUGGUUAUCCAAUAGUGCAAAACGUGGAACAAGCGAUAGCUCCAACUUCUAAACAACUUGUAAUAGUCAGUUUCAUUGGAUUGCUUUUACUUCUUGCUAUCAUUCAAAAUACAUUAGCUUCGACCAAGAGAAAAGAUACUAUGGUAGAUGUUCUUCCAUCCAAACGAAAACGAGACGUUCAUGCUAUUUAUGACUUUAAUUCUAUCACUCCAGAAGAAGAAAAAGAAGAAGAACAAAUUGUAUUGAACGACGAUGCUCGAGUACGUUGCAUUCAAAAAACAAUUUGUCUUGAAAAUCAAAAACUAUUUCAAGAUCUAGGUUUAAUAGGAAAAAUUCUAGCGAAAUAUCUAACAAGGAACGUCGAGAAAUCUGUUAAAUCAUCUUCGGGAUGGGAUCGAUUGGUCGAGGAUGCAGGAUCAGCUGGAUUACGUGGUGAAGAUUGUGAUCUUCUUUAUAGGGAUUGUGAUAAUCCUAUAAUUUUUCUAUCGCCAACCAAAGAGAAGAAAGUUGCUUCGAAAGAAGUGACAUCUACGAGUUCAGAUCGAGUGGAAGAGGGCAACGAAGACGACGAAUACGACGAAUACGACGAGUACGACGAAUACGACGAAUACGACGAGUACGACGAGUACGACGAAUACGAGGAAUACGACGACGGAGACGAAGAAGACGAGGUCGAAUAUGCCGAAGCAAUUGUUGACGAUGACUCGGACGACGAAGACGACGAUGAUGUUCCAUUCUCGUACGAACAACGUUGA